GGGCUCCGGCUGUCCCUCGGGGGCUGGGGGUCGCUGGUCAACCCCACCGGGGUGGCGGCCUGCCGGAGGUCGGGGCGGCUGGCAGUGGCACAUGACGGCAAGAAGAAAAUCCACGUCUUUGGGCCGAGCGGAUCAUGCCUGCAGCGGUUUGGGGAGCGGGGGGACGCGGGCAACGAUAUCAAGUACCCGCUUGAUGUGACGGUCACGUCGGACGGGCACGUGGUGGUCACCGAUGGCGGGGACCGCUCCGUGAAGGCCUUUGAUUUUGAGGGAAGGGGGGUCCUGGCUGUCCGGGAAGGUUUCUGUUUGCCCUGGGGCCUGGAUGCCACCCCCGAGAGUGAAAUAAUCCUGACCGACUCGGAGGCAGGUGCUCUUUACCGCUUGACAGCCGACUUCAGGAAGGGGAAAUUAAAGAAGUGUCAGAUGAUCCGGUCUCAGCUCAUCAGCCCAAGAGGGGUUGCAGUCUCCCAGACUUCAGGUGCUAUUGUGGUGAUAGAGCACUUGAAAGCUCAAGGACUGGACAACAGCAGCACCCGAGUGAAGAUAUUCAGUGCAGAGAUGGAUCUCAUCGGCCAGAUGGAUAGCUUCGGUCUGAACCUCAUUUUCCCCUCCAAAAUAUAUACUACGGCUGUGGCCUUUGACAAAGAGGGUCGUAUUAUAGUAACAGAUAUUUGUAGCCAGGCCGUAAUAUGCUUAGGGAAACCUGAGGAGUUUCCCAUCUUUAACCCUCUAAUUAGCCACGGGCUAUCUUAUCCUGUAGGACUGACUUACACGGCAAACAGUUCUCUUGUCGUAUUAGACAGUGGUGAUCAUUCAAUAAAAAUAUAUAGCUCCACUUGA